AUGCUUCCAGACGUCGACGCGCUGCUCAAGGAGGUCCAACCCGCUGGGAAUCUAUCUCGUCAUCGCUCAGGCUUCCUGCCAACGGGCCAGGAUGCCGCUGUCCUCGAGGACCAAGGGCGUCUGAUGGACAAGGCAGACGCUGAAUAUACGGCCGCGAUAAAGCAGCUGACGAGGCAGAGAGCGCGCAUUCGGAACCAGCGAGCGAUCCAUCGCGCCUUGCUUUCCCCCGCGCGUCGCUUUCCCCAAGAACUCUGGUCCGCAAUAUUUCUGCUCGCUCUGCCUGACGACUGGGACCUCGAGCCCGUCGGCAUACGAAGCCUAGCUCUUGCCCAAGUCUGCUAUGCGUGGCGCUAUAUCGCGCUGAAUACCCCGCGUAUAUGGAGCGGCAUCCACAUUUUUGCUUGGCGCCGGCGUGGGAUCGAGCUUUGCGAUGAAGCGAUCAUAGGGAGGGAACUACAGAAAAGCGGACAGGUACCGCUGCGCCUGACGCUUGAUAUGACGAAUUACCAGUAUGAGCUCAGGCCCACGGCCGUGCCAAAAGGAAUCUCUCGCUUCGGUCGGCCACGGCGUUGGCGUGACACUGUCUGGAGAUUGCUAUGCGCGGAAGCCAAUCGCUGGGAGGCGGUACAUCUCGUGAACCUCAGAAACCUGCUCUUCCAUAGGCACUCGGGACCUUUUACCUACCCCACACUCCGCGAACUAAGCUGGACGACACGAGACAUCACCAAGGCAGACAUCGUAUCCAAAUCGCUCUCUCUCUCGUACCAAAUCGCUCCCGAUUCCCCCAAUCUACCCGAGUCGUGGUCGCUGCGUGCGCUGAAGAUUGUAUGCGGACGAGGGCUUGCCGAGAACUUGGAAGAGAAUCGUCUCGAGGCCUCGGAUUCCGACUCAGAAUCUGACGUGAUCGACGACGAGCCACCGCCGCUUGCGCCUUGCCUGCCGCUGAUCCUAGCGUGUAGUGCGACGCUGCGUACAUGCACUGUCCAGUCCACGAUAUUCGGCUCAGUCCCUGCGGAUCAGCCACGCGUUACCUUCCCUGUACUCGAAAAACUCCUCUUGGAGGGCGGGGCCAUCCAGCUCUGCCGAUGGAUCUCCGCGCCGAAGCUCCAGGUGGUCACCCUGUUGGAUAUUGCAGAGGACGAGGAGCGCAUGGAGGAGUUCGAGGCCUUCAUUGGCCUGUUGGACAAUUCUGACAACUGCCCGUCGCUCCGCGCCCUCGCCCUUGAUCGGCUCUCCUGCAGCGCAAGCAGCGUUGUCGAGUGCCUCGGGCGCCUCCCCAAUCUGGAAAAACUGUCUGUUAUCAACAGCGAGAGGUUCGGGGAUGAGUCUGAGCCAGAGUACCAUAUGGAGCCGCCUGUCUCUUACCGCCUCAUCAAGUAUCUACUCCUCCCAGCUCACGGACGUGACACACCCCUCAGGCGCCUGACGGACUUACAGCUCGGCUACAGUUUCGGCAACAACCAUACAGACGGGAAGGAGGAGGACGCCGUGCGCGAGAUGGUGGAGUCCAGAUCCAUGAAGUGGGAGGAGGAUGGCCAGCCUAUCGCCCGGCUGAGGCAUUUCGUGUGCGAUAGUGCGGACGAGUCGUUGGAUCGGCAUGUGGAUGAUUCCGAGUGGUAG